CCAACUUACAAAUCCUUCUCUGGUCAAAGGGAAUUUUUCUUCAAUUUUCAUGUUUGAGGAUAAGGCCCAACUGUGUGCCUGUUCUUUAUUAGCAAAUUAUUGAUUGAGGAAUUGGAAGUAUGCUUUAAAGAAGGAAGAAUGGUCUGACCAUCCACAAUAUAAUUCUCCUUCCCACACAAGAUUUUAAUCACAUCUACUAAGGAUCAAGGAAGGAAAAAUGAAAGAAAGAGAGAAAGAAAGAAAGAAAGAAAGAAAGAAAGAAAGGAAGGAAGGAAGGAAGGAAGGAAGGGAGGGAGGAAGGAAAAGGAAAGGAAAGGAAAGAGCCCAACUAGAAAAUCAUUUUGCCUCUAUCUCCUUCCCCAGGUGCUAACAAACAGGAAACAAACCCAGAAGAAUAGCCAGUGGGUAUUCCUUACGGAAGGAAGGUCAUGGGUUAUUCACCAGCCAGGCAGUCGUCGCUGGACUAACUGGGAAGUGUUGAAUGUAGGCUGCAGAAGUCUUGAAGGUUGAUGGAGGGCCAUGCUAUUCAAACAGCAGGCGUGGCUGAGACAGAAGCUCCUGGUUCUAGGAAGUCUUGCCGUUGGGAGUCUCCUGUAUCUAGUUGCCAGAGUUGGGAGUUUGGAUAGGCUACAACCCAUCUGCCCCAUUGAAAGUCGAUUCGGAGCCCGCAGUCAGGCUGAAUUCCCACUCCGAGCCCUGCAGUUUAAGCGCGGUCUUCUGCAUGAGUUCCGGAAGGGGAACUCUUCCAAGGAGCAAGUUCACCUCCAUGACUUAGUCCAGCAGCUCCCCAAGGCCAUUAUCAUUGGGGUGAGAAAAGGAGGCACGAGAGCCCUGCUGGAGAUGCUGAACCUCCACCCGGCAGUCGUCAAAGCCUCCCAAGAAAUCCACUUCUUUGACAAUGAUGAGAAUUAUGCCAAGGGCAUUGAUUGGUAUAGGAAAAAGAUGCCUUUUUCCUACCCUCAGCAGAUUACAAUUGAAAAGAGCCCAGCAUAUUUUAUCACUGAGGAGGUUCCAGAAAGGAUUUACAAAAUGAACUCAUCCAUCAAAUUGUUGAUCAUCGUCAGGGAGCCGACCACAAGAGCGAUUUCCGAUUAUACUCAGGUGCUAGAGGGGAAAGAAAGGAAAAAUAAGACGUAUUACAAAUUUGAGAAGCUGGCCAUUGACCCUAAUACCUGCGAAGUGAACACAAAAUACAAAGCCGUGAGAACCAGCAUCUACACCAAACAUUUGGAAAGGUGGUUGAAAUACUUCCCCAUUGAGCAGUUCCACAUUGUCGAUGGAGACCGUCUCAUCACCGAACCUCUGCCAGAACUUCAACUUGUGGAGAAGUUCCUCAAUCUUCCCCCCAGGAUAAGUCAAUACAAUUUGUAUUUCAAUGCCACCAGAGGGUUCUACUGCUUGCGGUUUAACAUUAUCUUUAAUAAGUGCCUGGCGGGCAGCAAGGGACGGAUUCAUCCGGAGGUAGACCCCUCUGUCAUAACCAAAUUGCGCAAAUUCUUUCAUCCUUUCAAUCAAAAAUUUUACCAAAUCACUGGGAGGAUAUUGAACUGGCCCUAAAAUGACAAGUCAUGCAACACUAUGUGUUGUGCAUGGAGACACACGACAAUGUUUCUUCUAGAGUCACAUAGGCACUUUUCCUAGAUGCAACUCUCACAGUCAUUUCCCCAUGUCCCAUGUAUACUUAUAUAUAAGCAGUGUGCGACCAAAUAGAAAAAUCCAUCCUUUUCUACAGAAAAUUUGCAAAAUACAAACUUGCUAUCUACAUACUUGCAUCUUUUAAGCUAUUUACUCAAAAAAGAAGAAGAAGAGGUAUUGGGGGACAAUGACUUCAGCGCCUCUCAAAGAGUUCAUCUUUCUUUGAGUCAGAAUUUGUUGCCUGCCAUUUUCUUAGAUUUAAGCCAAAAGAUUAAGGUGUGAAAAUAUACCAAUGGCUGUGAAGCUUCAGGAAGUGAAGGAUUCAGUUCAGCUACUGUUUUCUAAGGGAAAUCUGGCUCUUUAAUUCAGAUGCUGAAUUGGGGCCAUGAAAACAGAAAAUCAUAUUUUCUUAUCAUUUCAAAGAAUGUCUUAACUCACAAAAUUGACAUUGUUCCAAAGUUCCUGUGGUGACUUUGCACUACUGUUUUCGUAUGAAUCAUGGUGUCACUUGUAGCAUGUCAGUCACACAUAGGAAAGUCAAGUACUCUUACUUUCAUGUUCAAUGUCAACAAGAAGAAAUAUCAUGUACAUAAUGUAUAUGGUUGUAAAUACUGGGUUUCACACUAAGUAAUUCUAUUUUGUAAACUGAAUAUGGCUAUUUAAUUUAUUGUGAAGAUUAAAUUUAUUGUGGUAUUUAAAAAUGGAAUGGAUUAAAAUUACUCUGUGUACAACUAGUUUGGUUUUUUUUUUCACUUUUUUUUCACUCAUUUUGUUUUAUGUGCCCCUUGCUGGCCCUCAAAAUGUGGGUGUGAGUAUGAGAGCACUUGGAAAGCUAUGUCUCUCCCUUGGACUUCUGUUCUCUUGUGAAAAUGUCUUUUUGAAGUGAGGUUGAGUACAUUAAA